GCAAAAUGGCAGAAAGACCUAUGUGGGAGCAAAUUGGAACAAGUUUUGUACAGCUGUAUUAUCAACAGUUUGAUACCAAUAGGGAACAAUUAGGUGCCCUUUAUACAGAUGCUUCCUGUUUGUCUUGGGAAGGUCAGCAGUUCCAAGGAAAAGCUUCAAUUAUGGAAAAAUUGAUGACUCUUCCUUUCCAAAAAAUUCAGCAUAAUAUAACAUCCCAGGAUCAUCAGCCAGCUCCUGACAAUUGUAUCCUUAGUAUGGUUGUGGGCCAAUUGAAGGUGGACAAUGAUCCAGUAAUGGGAUUCCACCAGAUGUUUGUUCUCAAAAAUAUGAAUGACAAAUGGGUUUGUUCUAAUGACAUAUUUAGGUUGGCUCUGUAUAAUUUUGCCUGAAAUUUCUGCUCUUGCUUUACACACUACAAAUAUCAUAUUAAUGUUGGCUUUAAGUGUGUCGGAGUUAUUUUCUUUCUGUAACUGCAACUGAAAAGCAUUUCUCUCCUAUUGAAAUAAUUUAAAAUAGUUGCAGUAUUACAUAUCCUUUAAUGUAAAACAUUUAAUACUUUGUAAGAAAAUAGUUUGUCCAUUUUAACUGUAUGAAGCUUAUGGAGAUAACUGUAUCAGGGCAUACACAUUUCUUAUACAAACAACAGUUUGGCAAUAAAAUAACCUGCAUGCAGUUUUAGGGAACCAAAAAGAAUUGUUGUCUAAAUAGCAUUUUUUAUCACGUGAUUCAAAUUUAAUAAUGUUUUCAUUUUAUUUCUUAAUGUGAUGUUUACUCAGAAAAAGAAAUCCUUGUUUGUUGGCAAAUGUUCUGUAGCCAUGUACAUGUAGAUGUUAAUUCAUGUAAGGGUGUUAGUGAUAUAACAAAGCACAUAACUGAAAACUGAAGCUAACUAAACUGAUAUUGUAAAUCACCAUAAGAAAAAGAAAUACGAUCAAUGGGUCUCCCUCCUAUAUUACAAAAUUCAACCCGAGUGCCAAGAUGAAAACUUCC